GGCCAUUUUGAGUUGUUUGUUCAGCGAGGUGCGCUUGUUAUUUUCCAGACGAACGCAGAUCGAGGGCCCAAACAAUCGAAAGAAACGCUCGAAAGACAUUUUACCCCUUCCCUCCAUCAUUAUGGGUCCACCGCGAUGCAGAUCCCGCCGUCUGUUACCUGAGAGAACGGAGGAUUUCGGUCGGUUUGUCAGUUUAUCUUGACAUGGCAUACGGUCGUGUGACGACUGUGGAAAAGCUCAAAAACAUUUGGAGACCAUCAAGCUAAACCUCCGCUGAGGAUAGAUCGAUCGAUCCAGAGCGGGUUUUACACUCAGAUUGGUAUAUUGAGACGUGGGUUUUCAUGUUAAGAUUGUUUUCGGUACUUGCUCGGAUCGCACCGGGCUUGGCAGAGAAUUCGAGAAAAUGAGAAGAAACAAUAGAACUUAGCCAGUUAACCAGCCACGCACGAAAGCUAACGUUAGUCCUUGCUAACAUCGAAAUAACCAAAACAGGCGAAAACAAAAUGUAAACCUCGGCUCGUUGAUAAAUAUUAGUUUGUCUGCUCUUAGAUACGUAAGGAUAUAAAGGAGAUAUGUAGCUCACUUCAACCAGGUUAUUAGUUGGUGGCGAAAGUGUGUUUUCUGCUUAGCUAGCAUUAGUUUGCUAGCCAGCCACAAAAAGCCUCACAAUGAAACUCAACCGUGGCAGGAGAGUUCAUGGGCCAAUUUCAUGCCCUUAAACCUUAAGAUGUCCAGCAAACUCCGUGUUGUUACUCAGUGCCAAGAUCUCAUGGCAUCUGCAUUUCUCCGCUGUGGUUGUCUUUCUCACGUGUCAUUCAGGUGUGCUUUUAUGAGACGGUUUAUACCAAGACAUGGAUACAAACCAGAAUCGUCAAUCCCGGAAGAGGCUCUCCAAAGUCCGCAAUAAUAGUCAAGUCUCUUGGUCAGCUUUUUAGAUAACGUUUUAAGCUUCAUUUAUCUAAAACGUGGGAUUUGUCCCCUUUCACAUACAAAUAUAUACACAAAACUGUCGGUAUGGAUUUUCGGUGAAGCAGGCAUUUGUGUUACCUGUUCUUUUUUCAGUGAUUAAAAUAAAGUUAACAACUUAAUAGUGGAUUGGGUUGAAGAAGUUGGUUUCGUUUAGUUCAAAGGCUUUGUUGUUUGUCUUAAAAUGGUGUGAGACAUCAAAACAUAGACACGCAAGAAUACAAAUUUACUUGGCCCAGGUGCGCUAUCCAUAUUGAUUUGAAAAUGACUUGAUUGAAUUUUGUUAAGUUUAUUCUGCAAUUGCAAUUGGUAUACAGGUAGUGCUUUGGUUGUAGAUUUUAGUUUUUAUUAAAAAGAUUUUGAAAAGAAAACUAGUAUUCUGUCAAGGAAACACACAAAAAAAGAAAGUGCAUAGGGAAAAUUAUUACUGUCAGUUACAAUGGGUGACCCAAAUUCUCGCCGAAAUCAAACGAGAAACCGACUUCGUGCCCAGCUACGAAAGAAAAGAGAAUCUCUGGCCGAUCAGUUUGACUUCAAGAUCUACAUUGCCUUCGUAUUUAAGGAAAAGAAAAAGAAGUCGGCACUCUUUGAAGUAGCUGAGGUGGUACCUGUGAUGACCAACAACUAUGAGGAAAAUAUCCUUAAAGGCGUGAAGGAUACGAGCUACUCCUUAGAGAGUUCUUUAGAGCUUCUACAGAAAGAUGUUGUGCAGUUGCAUGCACCUCGGUACCAGUCGAUGCGUAGAGAUGUGAUAGGUUGUACCCAGGAAAUGGACUUCAUCCUUUGGCCCCGCAACGAUAUUGAGAAGAUUGUCUGUCUCCUGUUCUCCAGAUGGAAAGGGGCGGAACAUGAACCAUUCAGGCCUGUUCAGGCCAAGUUCGAAUUUCAUCACGGAGACUAUGAGAAGCAGUUUUUGCAUGCUGUUGGUCGGAAGGACAAGGCUGGGAUGGUUAUAAACAACCCCAAUCAGUCUGUCUUUCUCUUCAUGGACAGACAGCACUUACAGACUCCCAAAACCAAGCUCACAGUUUUCAAGUUGUGCAGUCUCUGUCUCUACCUGCCACAGGAUCAGCUCACUUGUUGGGGGGUUGGAGACAUCGAGGACCACCUCCGUCCAUACAUGCCUGACUAGGAGAAACGUACAGAAGACACCCCUCAAGGCCUCGAAGCAAGUUGUCCUUAUCUACACGUCCCUCAGUUGAAUAGAAUCGAACUCGUGCUUGGAACUCUCCUUUUUGUUAACCACUCAUUUUCAUCUCGAUUAAUUUAGCGCUUUGUUUUUUUUAUCCCUCCUUCAACCAGUUUUGGUUUGGUUCAUCCCAUCUACCUUCUCCUUGAUCAGUUUUUAUUUGAACCUGCAUGAACAUUGAUUUUGAGUGGUUGUUCUCUUGGAGCCGCACCGUCAACAAUACCAGUCACCGAAGGAACUCUUUACGUUAAGAAAAAAACAAAAUGACGGAAAAUACCGGAAUCAAUAACAGAGGUCUCUCAGAUGUGGUCCUCUAGUGUUGGACUGGGUUUAACAUCAGUGUUGUGAGGGAUAGUUAACUCUGAUAUUGGGGAAAUGAGAGUAGGGAUUUCAUGAGUAUUGACAAUCAGCGAUAGAGGACAAAAGAGCUCGGGUAGUCUUCCAACAAAGGCGAACGAUACGUGUUCAAAUUCAUUUGGUGUAGGCAUUGCUUCUCAUUCUGUUACUGCCUUAGUUUUUGCUGGACAUUUUAAUUAGUGUCAUUCCUUGCCUAUAAUAUGACGAACCUUAUUUCAUGUUUUAUAAUUUCUAGAGGAGGAGUGGGGCCUGAACGGGACGGAGGUGUGGGAUGUGACGUAUAUCAAAGAAUGUUGACAAACUGUUGUGUCUGUUAUAGAAAUUCAGAUGUUUUUCUUUUUUGGGGGACUGGGUUUGGGUAAUUGUCACCAAUCGAGCAGAUCACACACUAUAUACAUACAAGCUACUGUUAGCAAAUUUAACCGGUGGUGGUGGGUAUGUGAUGGGAGACUUGUGUUCAAGCUCAUAUGCCUAAAGAGAAAUGUUGAGGAGACGGAUAGUAUUUGAUUUUCUUUAUAGGCAAACCUGUUCUGAGUACUAAUAAUGGCAGUGAUUGGAAACUGGUAUCUGUAUGCCACCUUUGUUAUCAUAUGGCAUACCAAUCAUUACGUGAUCCCCUCUUGCGUUCACAGAAAAUGGUAAGCUGGAUCUGUCUUUAUUGAUGUACCCUUGUUUGAAUAAUUCUCUUGAAAUAAAAACUGCAGAACAUAUCCUAA